UAAUUUAGGGCAACAAAAAGUGUGAUUGUAUUCUAUGGACUUAAAUUAUUGGUACUUUUUAGCAACACUAAAUGAAUAUGAAGGGGAUGGAUUAAAAGGGUAAUUCAUUAAUUUAUAUAUAAUGGGAAAUUGUAUAGCUGUAAGGGAGACAUCAAAUAAAAAUCCAAAGACCACUCCAACGUAUAUUGACAUAAACAAUUUUAUAGAACAUCAUAAAUAAUUGGCUUUAAUAGCAAUAGAAGAAAGAAAAAAGAAAUUAGAAAAAUAAAUAUAAAGGGUACAAAAUGGAGGUUAUGGAAGUUCUGAAGAAGAAGAUAAAGUUGUUAUAGAAAAUAUUCAUGAAGGAGAUAGUGGAAUAUAAUAAUUAUCAGAUGCAUAAAGAUCUAUGAUGAAGGAUUCAAUUCAUUCAUAAAAUAAUAAGAUGUCAAGAUAACUUACAAUUAAUUCAGAUACAAGUGUUAUAUAGCUUUAAGAAAAGAUCAAAAUAUAAAAUGAAAAACUUGAAAAUCAUUCUGAUUCUGAUGUUUAUAAUUAUAAUUCUGAAGAUGAACUAGAAUAAUUUUUUGGAGGAACCAAAUCAUCAAAGAAAUAAAUUAAGGCUAAAAAUAUAUUGAGUUCAUUAAUUAAUUAAGGUGAUAAGCCUCCUACUGAAUAAAUUAAAACAUUCAAAAAUACUCUAUUCAAAAAAGAGGAUUCUGAAGAAUAACCUGUAGGAAAUGUUUUUUCUGAUAAUGAUGCCAGUUUUGAUGAUAAAUCACCUGAUUUUAAAAAGAAAUGA